GUCAAAACAACGAUUUCUUCUUCAGGAGUGGACGGGUGUCUGUGUCAAUCAUUUGCCCUCCAUCGGUCAGACACAGGUUCAUUUCAGUCGAAACACGGCCACAAGCGCACCUUGCACUGAAAGUUGUCAAGAUGGCAAGCAGAAUACUACUCCGUGCGUGUAGAAUGACUGUAAUGUCAAGAAACCCUGUGUUGGCGAGAACAGCUACUCGCGCGAUGGCCAGUGGAGGAGGCAUUCCAACAGAUGAGGAACAGGCAGCAGGAUUAGAGAGGCGGGUGUUGCAGGCUAUGAAAAAGGGCAAGGAUCCAUAUAGCAUAUUCAAGCCAAAAGAGUAUGCUGGAACUAAGGAGGACCCCCACAUUGUGCCUGGCAUCAGUGAUAAGCGUCUUGUUGGCUGCCUCUGUGAGGAGGAUAACACUGCCAUUGUCUGGUUCUGGCUCCAUGAGGGAAAUCCACAGCGUUGUCCUUCCUGUGGCUCAUACUACAAACUGAUCCAUCAUGAACUGCCCCACUAAGCUUGUUUUUAUUCCGCAGUUCUGUGAAGCAUGCAGCCUUAGAGCUGUGAGACGUGAAUUUUGCCAUAAAGGCCAUGUACAGAAUUAAAGUCUUUCUUAUGCUCACACUA